AUGAGCGAUUUUGAAAAGGUGGUUGUUGUUGACGGAAAAGGCCAUCUAUUGGGUCGGCUUGCCUCGAUUGUUGCAAAGCAAAUUUUAUCCGGGCAACGCGUAGUCAUUGUUCGUGCUGAAGAGAUCAAUGUAUCUGGGAGUUUUUUCAGGAAUAAGAUCAAGUAUCAUAAAUACCUUCGAAAACGCAUGAUCGUUAAUCCUUCGCGUGGUCCGUUCCACUUCCGAGCCCCAUCUCGCAUUUUUUAUAAGGCUAUUCGUGGAAUGGUCUCUCACAAAACCCCUCGCGGAGCAGCAGCUCUUGGCCGCCUGAAGAUCUUUGAAGGUAUUCCGCCCCCAUAUGAUAAACAAAAACGUAUGGUCGUCCCUGCUGCUUUACGAGUUCUCAGGCUUCGACCUGGUCGACGAUACACGAAUCUUGGCAAGAUAAGCACGGAAGUCGGAUGGAAGUAUGAGGGUGUAGUUAAGAGGUUAGAGGAAAAGAGAAAGCUUAAGAGCAAUGAAUACUAUGAACGAAAGAAGAGCAUUCAGAAUGUGCGCCAGAGAGCGAUACAAAACAAGGCCAAGGAUCCUGAAUUCAAACGAAUUCAAGAUGAGUUGAGCAGUCUUGGGUUUUAA